UGUUUCCGGCGUAAACAUGACUGCUUGCGCGAUUUGUUGCACCGGGUAUUAAAACUCUAAAACUCAGCACAUCAGCUUGGAUUUAAGACAACAGAAAGCUGUAAUAUACCACUGCCAGGAUGGUAUCCUCUGAAGAUGAGGAAAAUGAAAAAAGACAACAAGCAAAUGAUAUUCUGUACAAAAUCACAACAUUUAUGGAUAGAUAUGUGCGAGAGGCUAAGUGGUUGGCCUAUGGUGUUGGAACAGUUGGUUUGGUACUUGUGCUACGUGGAGUACAUGCAACAGACGUGUUCUCUGCAGCCAAAGACAUUCCAAAACAUUUCAUAAAGAAUGGUGUUCGUCUGAGGGGGCGAGUGACAUCAGUCGAGGUCAGUGGUAUCCUCCAAAUUAAUCAUCAGCCCCUGUUGACCAUUAAGCCAAGAUGGCUUCAACGCUUUUAUAAAACUAAAUCCCUUCCAGUAGAGCUUGCAUACAUAUCUCUGUCCCCCCUGGGGCAACAGUGGAUAGGACAGAACGUUGUGGGGAAAAGGGUCUUGUUCCUGCCCCUAGGGAUUCAGGAAAGAUCACAUCCAUGGCAAGAUUCACUUCUGGCGACCGUUUAUAUACCCAAGAUUUUCAGAAGAAACACAUGUGUGAAUGACGAGCUUGUAAAACAGGGACUGUGUAAAGUAUCGUACGCCGUUGAACAGGACAUGUGUCAGAUGUCAGCAAGUCAGUCAGAACUGCUCAAUAGACUCAUAGGGUUGGAAAGUGCUGCGUGUAAAAAGGAAGCAGGAAUGUGGAAGGUAUCGCCUAGUGAAAAGAAGUCUACAAAGAUCGUAGGUGCCUUAAAAGGAAUUGUGACUUUGCCGUGGAAAGGACUUAAAAGCGUGGCUAAUUAUUUUGGAAAAUGGUUCAAAAGGAAAAAGGAAUAGAAACAAGUAGAAAUGUUCACAAGUUUUGCAAUCAAAUCUGUCCUAGAAAUUAUUGCUUGUUGAGAGAUUAUUGUUUGAAAGUGUGUCAAAGACUUUAAGUAUUGAAGUGUUGACUUUUCCAAUAUAUUUUCUAGUCGUAACUGUUUGUCCUAAAUAGUAUUUUAUUUUGGUAACUAUAUAAGAUCUGUUUUACUGUGUUUGAAAUAUGAAGUUGUAAACAAGAGAAGAAAUCACAAAAAAUAUCAUAUGUAAUUGCUGAAGUGUUACAUACAGGUAUUUAAUAGUAUUUACUGCACUUCUGUUUAAUAUGUAAUGUGCAUAACUUGGUUUUUGGGGAUGCAUGUACCUGAGUUAUCACAAAGAUGUUUUUUUUUAAUAUAAAUGAGGAAUGAUAUUAAA